AAGUCGUACUUGGGGCGGCCGGAGACCGACUGGGUUCGGGAUUGUGAUGAACCUGCUUGGGUCCGGUUUACACUUAGCGAAACACCACGAGGACGCGUUGUCCGUGCAAGAGGCCCAAUUGGCUACGAUGCGGCGCCUUGGCGAGUCAGAGGGAAACAUUCUCGCCGUGCAGACCAAUCUUUCGUGCUCGUAUAGAAUGCUUGGACGGGAUGAAGAGGCCCUGUCGAUGCGGCGAGAUAUAUACUCCGGGCGUUUGAAGCUCGACGGCGAGCAAAAUGAGAGAACCCUCAUUGCAGCCAAAAACUACGCAACGUCCCUUAAGGAUCUAUCGCGCUUCGAAGAAGCCAAGGCACUGUUACGCAAAGAGAUUCCUGUGACGCGACGCGUUCUUGGAGAGAGUAAUGAUCUCACGCUCAAAAUGCGGUGGGUUUACGCGGAGACGCUCGUCAAGGACCCCGCCGCCACGUUCGACGAUCUUCACGAGGCUGUGACGACGCUCGAGGACGCGGGACGGACCGCGCGGCGCGUGCUCGGUGGCGCACACCCGCUCACGGUCGAGAUUGAGCGCGGAUUACAAAAAUCGCGAGCCGUCCUCCGCGCCCGCGAAACGCAGCCAUCGGCGAGUGCGUAA